AUGGUUGUUGUUGUUGCCGCUGCCGACGUCGUUGAAAACAGCAGCAGCAGCAGCGGGAGCGGGAGCGGUAGCGGUAGCGGGAUCGGCGACAGCAGCGACGGUAUCGUAAGCGGUAACACUGAGCUUCAACCAUUUGGCGGCGGUACACCACAAGCAACGGCAGUCAAUAACAAUCAUAGUGAUAAGAACACUACAACAACCACAACAACCAAAACAACCACAACAACAACAAAAACAACGACUGGUCAGGAGGAGCGGGAGGAGGUGGAGGAGCAACUGCAUCAUCCAGAGGAUACUCAAAAGGAUAAUCAUCAGGAGUUGGAGAACAACAAUUGCAGCAACAACUCGAGCAACAUUGCCAACAACAACAACAACAACAUCAUGACGGAUGCGGCCAAGGGAACCGUGGCGACAACCACAGGCACGACGGGAUCAUCGGAGGCGGCGGCGGCCAUGCCCACCAAGAGCGCCGUCAGUCAGCGGAACGUGGACAUCAAGAUCGAGAAGAGCAGCAACAUGGAGGCGGCCACCCAGCAGCUGACCAAGAAGGUUCUCAAACUGGAUCUGGGCGGCAAGAAUCUGGACGAAUACUCGCUCAAGUCGCCCAAAUCUCCCAUAGCUGCACGUUUGCCGCAUCAAACAUCGCUGACGUCGUCGGUGGACGUGGAGGACCGGAAGACAUUACGAGAGGCCUUAUACCAGGGUAUAUUCCAUCGCCAUCGCCGCACCAUCUUCGCCGUGGGCAGCUUCCUGCGGAUGCUGCGCAGCCGCAAUUCGCAGUACAACACGAUACGCAGCUCGUCGGAGGGCGAGGACAUCGAUGAGCAGCAGCGGCAGCAGCAGCAGCAGCAGCAGCAACAGCAGCAGCAGCAGCAGCAAUCGAAACAGUUGAAGCACCAUCAACCGGAGCUGGAACAGUCGCAUGAACAUCUCCAGCCGCCCGGGCAAGAAGUAACGACCACAUCCACAUCCAGAUCCAGAUCCACAUCCACAUCGACAUCCACGACACCACCACCAACUGGACAGCAGGGAGCAUUGGACUCGAUUUAGAUGGCCUUGCUGCUUGAGUUGAAUUUUGGAUUUAUUUAUUAGCCCCAUACGACAUUCGCGUAUUAUUAACUGCUAUUUUACGAUUUACGAAUUACGAUUUACGAUUUACGAAUUACGAUUAUUGUUAAACAUUGUGCAACCAUGAGACUAGCCACCCGUUGUGUUAGCAUGUAGUGAGCCAUAUUAGUUCCGUAGCUAGUACUAUUGUUGGCGGACCCAUGUGACCUGCUGACUCCAUUACCCAAGAAAUGAAACCAAAAAUCCCGAGGAUCCGCUGCAAACACAUCUCGUUCGUUCAUUCUUUGAGCAGAUCGCCUUAUCUUAACUGCGACCCACUUAAGCUAAACUUAAACUAAACUAAUAACUGAAUGUGAACCCAAGCUGAACUUGAAACUCUUACUACGUACAUGCUAUGUAUAAAAAACCAAAAAAGACAACUUAAUUGUAUUAAACUCGCAUUGUUUCAGCGCCCAGCUCUCAGUAUUUAUGUAAAAAUGCCGCCCCAUUUGUCCGUCUGUUUGAAUCACUGAUAAUAAACUGCCCAAAAUGAGUUAGUCCCAUCAAUUGACUAGAAAUUACCAUUUUCUAUUAGGUAGAAUAUAAGAAAAUCCUUUUCGAAUUGGCCGGUGCAUGUUAGAAGUGCAGUGCAAUUUACAAUAAAUUUGUACGAUUUUUUUCUACAUUAAUAUUUCUUUGGAUUAGCCUUAUAGGUUUAUCUAAAACAAGAGUGCAAUUAAAAAAAAAAUUAUUUAUAAUAUCUACAGAAAUAGGACUUAAAGAUUUUAAAAGGGUUUCAAAAAUAAACUUCAUCAAGUUUUCUAAUUUUUAUAUUUAAUUAUUUUGAAAUUGCGCGGGCUUAAAAAAUAAUCGAAAAUAAGUAAUUGAGUUUUUUAUAUCAAAGUUCAUACUUCACUUACAUAAAUACUUACAGGGUUUCAAAGCUAAAGUACAUUCAUUACGUAUAAACCUUCUUCAGCACGCCUUUAAAAUAAAAUCAGAGUGCUGGGCAGCCAAAUAGUCGAGCGAUAAUCGACUAUAGUUUUUUUUUUUUACUGAAUCUUCAGUUUAUUCCAUUCCAUUUUUUUGUAAGUCAUUGAAAAUUCGUUGGCAUUCGUUUUUCAUUGCAAAGGGAACAAAACUUAUAAAGCCGCACGUCGAAAAAAUGUUUUUUAAACGAUGAACAAAUUGAUAUUUUGCGCCUAGACCUAAUAUAUAUAUAUAUAUAUAUAUGUAGCUACUAUAUACGAUAUAUAAACCCAUAUAUACAGAUAUAUUUGAAUGUAUAUGGCCUAGUUAUAGAACAUACACGAUUGUUGUUGUCCCCAUAGACAUGUUAUGUGAAAUUAACUCUGAUUUGCGAUCCCACACCCAGAACACACACACACACCCACAUCUAUUUAAUAGUGUAAUUAUAUAUUUUAGAUCAUUUUUUGUUUUUUGUUCAUAGUACACACCUUACGUUUAGAACUAAUUGCAUAGUUAGCGCUUUAAGAUGACAUUUUGUACAGGACAAAGACAAUGGAAAUGAAAAUCGUUGCAUGACACAAAAAAAAAAAAAAAAUGAUAAACUGUACCGUAGUUCACUUCUUAAGACACCCCACUUACACUUACACCCGAUACUCUAUUAUUUACCCGAUUCGAUUUAGAUUGAAAGAACAAUAAAACCCAAACAAAUGCUA